AGGUUGCGUGAACAAAGAGACAAAGCUACUUCGUUGCGUCGACGAUCGCUGCCAGUAGAAAGUCGUUGGCAGUUGGUGGGUGCGGUUGAUUCGCGUGAGUCAGAGAAAAGUGCGUCAGUUAAGUUUUGCGAGAAAGUUUUUCCGCAGUUAUAAGGUGAACGAAGUGAACCAACGUGAUAGGAAAGAAAGUCAUCGUUAUUGCGAUCGUUUGAAUUUUACAUUUCGUCGUCUUAUCGAUUCUCGCUGGCAUCCCAGGGAUCGGAGAAACGAUUUCGAACGAGUUUACGAUCGAAAAACAUUACGAUCGCAACACUUCUAACUUACGAAGGAUUUAUCUCGUCACAUUUGCGAGAUCAUCCUAACGAAAUCGAAAAUUUUCGAGGAAAUAUUAAACGAUUAACGCAAAGAUUCGAUACGUUGGAACAGUUCGUGUUAAAUUUUUUCCGAUAUUUGCGGAAGAACUAUCGAAAAACUCUCGAUAUUUUUCCUCGCACUGGAGUGUCGACGAACGAAUAUUACGCGCGAUCGUACGACGUGGCGGCGACGCCAUUUUGUGAAGACUCCUGUGUGCGUCCCGUGAGCAACGGUCUCACUCGAGUCAUAACCCUUCGAACCACGGAAAGAAUAGUGUUUUCUUUCGGCCGCGUCGUCUCUCGACUGUCUCGGGAACGGAAGAAGUGGAGGAAGAAGAAGAGUGGUUUAACAUCGACAAAAUUUUACCAUAGACCGUUCGUCCUGGGUCAUAUCGCAUAGCAACCAUGAGACUGGAAAUCGUGUCAGCGGCGGAUUUUUUGGUGCAUUUAUUGCGUCUUCAAACGGGUCAGCUGUCCGAACGUCAGCUGGAGAUGUUCAAGUCCUCUUUAACAGAGGUACUACGUCAUCGUUACAGGGAUCACUGGUUCCCAGAUCGUCCAAAUCGAGGUUCUGGCUAUCGUUGUAUACGCAUUAACGGUAAGAUGGAUCCUGUAAUUGCACAGGCAGGUGCAAAUGUUGGGUUACUACCAACAGUAUUGCAUAACUUGUUUCCAAGCGAGCUCACUAUGUGGAUUGAUCCGUCGGAAGUAUCGUACAGAAUCGGAGAAAAUGGAUCGAUUUGUGUCUUGUACGAGCGUACAGAGCCCGAACCGGAAGAGGCUCAACAACAUCAACAUCAACAUCAACAUCAACACCAGCACCAACAUCAGCAUCAACAUCAUCAACAACAGCAGCAACAACAGCAACAACAAUUUGAAAGUUGCAAAGAUUCGCUACUGUUGGAACACUCGCAAUUUAGCGAGCAAAUCGCCGCAUUCGUUUCCAGUUGAAGCGUUUUUCGGCGCAGGUUCACCGAUGCGAUAAAAAUCGCAUCUCGCUUCAUUUCCAUUGGACGUGCAUCACGCUCUCGGACUGAUCAAAGCAUAUACGUUUCGUGAUAUGUGAUCGCGUUCCUCUGGUCGGGUGAAUAUAUUCGGCUCGUGCACACGAACGCGCAAUUCUGCUCUAUCCGAGUCGAAUUCCUCCAAAAUUAGUAAGUGUAAACAAGCUCUUUCGUGCACAUCGUUUUAAAAAAAUGAACAAGAAAUGUGUAAAAAAUGUGUAUAACUGUUUUUUGGCUAAAUCUGAAUUAUCGAAGAAAUUCGUCCAAUAUAUACGUAUUUGUCUGACGGAGUCUCGGCGUUUUCUCGACGGAUUCCUGACGAGUCGCAACGAUCAUGAUCACAGUUGACUCUAGUCCAAUCAUGCAUGUACGAGUCAUCCCGAAUUUUCGUCAAUCGUACGAAAAGGAAAAAGGGUACUCAUAGGAAGAAGAAGAAGAAGAAAGAAGUGUCACCAUCAUCGUUUGAAUUGAAUUCGGAGAAGAAUACUGCGCGUUCGCGUAACGUCGUGUACCUAGACCAGCGAUCCUUUAAACGUCCUGAUGUGUCUCGCGAGAAGAUUCAGAUUUUUCCAUCUCAUUAUGCUGUGGAAAUACUGGCUGCUGGCGAGACCGGGCCUGCAAAAGUGAGAAAAAAUAUGGGCGAGCUCCGCGAGGAUCUCUCUCAGUCCGACAAAUUGAUCUCAGCUCUCCUCCCCGCGUAUAUUUCUAUUUAUCUCGAAAAGAAGUUACGCCUGGAUAGGGGAACAACGAACCAGUCUGACUCGCUUCUCUAUUCUCAUGAGAGGAAAAGCGAAAUGAACCUCUCUCCCUCAAGAAGAAUUCAACAACGUGUUUUUACUGUCAUAAAAUCUCUUUUCUUCCACGUCGAACAUCUUUUCUUUUUUUUAUAUAUCAAUCUAAUUGAUUAUUCUGAGCCCUCAUGUUCCGGUGUUCUCGUGUUCGUCAAUAACGAAAGACGAACAUCGAGGAAUAUGAAAUAAAAAAGGACAAGCAAUUCACUUUUUAAGUGGAAAAUCGACGAACAAUAUACUAUAGGCUGCAUUCUCUCUUCUGUCCGCAUGGUCAUCACGCUGUGGUCGUCAAGGAUUUUUUUCUCCCUAACCUCGCACUAUCAAUGCAAAUUACCACCGAGCCACACACAAACACAAAACACGUAUUGUAAAAGACAAAAAUAAUUCGAAGAAAAAAGGAACAAACAUUAUUAUUAUUAUUAUACAUUUCUGUCGUCACAUCGUCGAAUACAUUGAAGGAAUCCGUUACAAUCAACAAUUAUUGAUCAAUCGAUUUUUGAUUUUCUUCUUUGAUCCGGAACUUUUUUUCAUGGAACGCGUACAUGCUAAUAAGCAUGAUAACGAUAGGAUAUAUAUCAUUUCAUCCUCGGCGUCAUUGGCCCACUUAUCGUUCUUGGAUCAUCCAUUGCCAUUCUUUCAUUGGUCGUCGACUGUAUCGAGCAAUCGUAAACUCGAAUCACACGUUAGCAUCGUUGACACAAAAAAGAACACACGUUACACUUCAUACGUACAAACCUUUAAAAAGCGUGAGUUUAUAUGUACAUAUAUAUAGUUAUUAUGUAUGUAGAAGGCACAUAAUGCGCAAACUUCGUUUUCGUCCGUUUGCGCAUAUAUGAUAUGUCAAAUUGUAUAUUAUCUGUUUUCUGAGCAUAAGAUGAGUGAAUGUGAGCAAGAGAGAAAAAAGAAAUGAAUGGAAAUGAGGGAGAGAAAAAGAAAGAAAGAGUGAGAGGUCGUAUAUGAGUCUAGAGUAAAUGAGAGUAAGAAAAAGAGGAAUAUAUAUCGUAUGUAUGAGAGAGAGCAAAUGAACAAAUAAAUAUGAAACAAAUAACUGUGAUUGACUUUGCAUGAUGAGAAGGCGUGUUUCGUGCAUAUCGGAUAAUUAUCUUUUCUGGUGUUUCGAACGUGACAGAAUGAUCGAAUGGAACGAAGAAUGUAUGUUGACACGAGUGAAAACGAAUGUAAAUGGAUAUCGUCACGUGGUUAAUUUUCAAUCAUUCAAUUCAAAUUUGACAAUAAUAUCUUUUCUUUUCAAAAAUUUACUUUUUUUUCUUUUAAAUCGAUUCAGCUUUUUAUUUUACAAAAUUGAUCAUCUAUUUAUUUAUUGAUUUAAUAAUGUUAUUUCGCCGAUCUAUUAUAAAAUAUAUAUCAUAUCUAUUAUAAAUUAUAUAUUGCUGGAUUGUUGCAAUUUAAUUUAAUUUAAUCGGAUAUAUAUAUAAUGCAAUAGGAAUCUGGUGCGUAUGAUAAAGAAAUAUAAUAUCUAUAUAUGGGUUUCAAUUUUACUUAUAAAGGACUUUUUCAAUACGAAAAUUCUGAUUUUUUUUUCAACUUUGCAGAUUUGUAAGCUUGUAUCUAACAAUUUCUCUUUUUUCCCUCAUUAUUUAUUUUUUAACUUUUCAAUUAUAAUUAUUCUAUGUCUUCCCAGAACUGUGCAAUAAAAUUGUUAAAAACUUGUACUUAAAAUAAAAUAAAAAAAGAAAAAAAGAAAAAAAAAGUAAAGAAGCACUUUCAUAGUCGAAAAACGUAUCUUACAAAUGUAUAUAUAUUCUACAAUUGGACAAUUUAUAUUAAAAAUAUAUAAAAUCAUUACAAUUUUUAUUUGAACAAUUUUCUUUAUAUUCAAAGUAUAUUAGAAUAGAAAAAAAAAAUGAAAAAAAACACAUUCAAUUUUAAUUUUCUUCAUUUUAAGAAAUCGAAUAUUAAAGAAAUUGUUUGGUACCAACGAAAGUUUUCUUACAAAUUUAUAAUGUUAAAAAAGAAAAGAAAUCCGAAUUUUCAAAUUUACACAAGUUUUCUUAUUAGCAAUUCAAUUGUUCCAAGAUAAAAUCAUUCGAUUAUAUACAUAUGCUCGUAUAUGUAUAUAUAGAUAUGUGAUCGUUUCGUCAUGGGUUCUUCGAUGGCGUGUCUGAAUUAUCUGAUAAAAAAAAUAUCAAACAGAUUACAAAGACGAAAAUCAUCCAAUGAUAUAUCGCUGAUAAAACUUAUUUUCUUUUUUCUUUCGUAACACAUUUUAAUUAUUCGGAACACUCGCGUGAUAUUACGCAGUAAAAUUGAAUCAUGGUGUGCAAGAAUUUGAGAGAAUGCCGUUCAUUUGAUGUGACUAUAAUAUGGAAUAGUGAAGAAGUGUUGUAUGUUAGAGCAAAAAAAAAAAAAAAAAGAGAGAGAAGGGAAGUGUGAUUGUGAAAAAAAAACAGAGCGAGAUGGAAAAGGGAAGAAUUCGCGUUCGGUAUGUAGCAAUUAUUAUAGAAACCAUGUCUGUGAUUAUAUUAAAAAUAAAGAGACAAUAUGAGCAAUUCUCCGUAUGCGAACGACCUAAUUAAAAACACGUGUAUACGUGUCUCUGUAUUAGAUCACGUAUACAUGCGUAUUUGUAUUGUACCAAUAUGUAAAAGUAUAUAUGUAUAAAUAUGUUUAUAUCGAAAAGCAUGCAUGGCAAUUUUAAACGAAUUAAGAAUUUAGAUUAAUUUUUUUUUCUUAGCGAUCAAUCUCAACGUAUUUUGCAUUAUAUCGUCUAUGAACUUUAUUUAUAUACACAUUGAUUCGAUUUUCUCUUAUUCUCUUUUUUCGCAUUUUUUUUUUUAUCCAUAUAAACAAGUUGCAUUUUAUGUUGGAAGGGGCUUGAUCGUUUUUCUUGGUCACAUUUUUAGUUCUUUUUUUCUUUUUUUUUCUUUCUCUUCUUGUAUACAUUUGUUUCGAUUUAAUUUACAAUUGAAGCACAUCGAUACGAAUUCACGAUCGUGAUUCGAUUAAAAUUGCUAAACAUGCUCAGUUUGCGAAAUUGUAACCGAGCGCGCAAACCACAAGAACAAAAAACGAGAAGAAAGAGAUUUGAAUUCGCUCUUUCAUUUCAAAGAUCAGAAACGCAAACCGAUUCUCUCUGAACGACCAUUGGAAAAUCUGUCGAAAGUAAGGUUAGGUGAACCAGGUGAAAGUGUGAGAGUCGAACGGCGGCGUAGAAAAUCUCGCACACCGUAUAGUACUUAUUGUACAGUACAGAUUUUAAAUAAAAUUUAGGGGAAAAAAAAAAUGUUCCUUUUCUAUUUUAUUUGGUUAGACUCACGAAGAAGAUAAAAUAUUCGAGACGUAGGGCACAUCCUUUUCGUAACGAUGAUCGAUAUUCCUUUGAAUUUGCGUAUACAUAGAAUAUACACGUCCAAGAGACGAACGCAUACGAAACGUAUAAUAUACAUAUACACAAGUAGCAAGAGAGGUGCAAAACACUGUUUCACGAGUGAAUUGUAAUUACUAUAUAUACAUAUAUAUAUAUACGCAUAUAUUAUAUAUACAUACUUAUAUGUAUACAUAUAUAUAUAUACAUCUUGUAACUAUACAUAGAGUCCUUCAGGAAGAAUUUGUACAAACCCGCUGGAAUAAGGCACCAGCAAGUCUGUGAUUUUAGCUUGGUUAAUUCAGUAUUUUUUUAAAUAAAGUGAGACAAAAUCAAGAUAAAUGAUAAAAAAAAAAAAGAUUCGAACCGCGAGAGAACUCGUGCAUGAUACGUGAGCGAGAGAAAGUUCUGUAUGGGGGAAAAAAGCUGUCGAUCAUUGUGUAUGUUAGAGGGGCAGAAGUAGUGGGGACGAGAAUAGGAGUGGGGGAUCGUGGGCGAAUGUGAAGCGUGCGUGCAUGAGGGAAAUAGGAGGGAAAGGUGAAAAAAUUGUAAAGUGCAAACGGGAAGAUAUUUAUUACGUAUACAUUUAAUGCGAUAUAUAUGUACAAAAAUUUAAAGGUAAAUUUUUCUUAUGCAAGUGAAAUUGUUGCAAAUAAAAUUGUGAUCCCAACUUUGCUAGAAUUGUAAAUACGAUGCUAAUGUAUAUGUAAUAUAUUUCGGUCGCAAGAAAUGACACGUGGAACAAAAAGCGGGAAUUCUUCUCCAUUCUUAAUAACGAAACUCGUAUAUACGUGUAUAUAUUAUGAUACUAAAAUUGUAUAUUUUAUAUUUUCCAUAUUCGAAAAUUUUAAUCAUCAAUUUAUAUCGAUAUUCGUAUUGCCAUACUUACGAAAGGUGCAACAAGAGAUGGAAUGCGUACUUUAUGAUAUAUUAUAUAUAUAUAUAUUUAUUUUUUAAUCUCGCUUCGCGUGAAUGCGUGCAAUUCUGCGAUUCUUCCGAAAUCAAUUUGUACAAAUGAAUCACAUGCGUCUUCCGUUCGCAUUUUCCAUCGUGUUCCCUCCGCUUUCUCUAUCGAUAUAACCGAGCAAAAGAGAGAGUGAGAAAGAAAGACGAGAUAAUCGAAAUCAUAAAUCUGCGAUGUAUAUGAAAUUAGAAUAUAUGCCGCGUGUCUUUCUUUUUUUUUUCUUUUUUUUUCUUUUUUUGGUGAAUUAAACUGUUUUGUUGGGACACCAGGAAGGAGAAUGCACGAGAGAAGUAGAAGAGAGGAUAUAGUUUAUAGAAAAGAAGGAAAAUCGAAGCGCGAAUAAUAAUAAUAGUCAGUGUCGGAGAAAUUUUGCGCGAGAGUGAGUACGAAAGAAAGAUAGCGUGGGAGAAAGAGAGCGAGAGAGGGAGAGGGUGAGAUUAAGAGAGGGAUAAGAAGAGGGGUAAUGGACAGUAAGAGAGCGUGAGGCCCGGCAGGGGUGCUCAACUCGGGUAAAGUGCGCCAUGGGUCCCAUUGUGGUAAUAUAAUUGUGAUUUCGAAUUUAUUGUAUUGAUUAAGAAAAAUUCAUAAUGGUUUUAACACGCAUUACGAAUUAAAGACGAAAUUGGAAAAAGACACCGACCCAAGGUUAUCGAGAUCCGAAUUCGGCGGCCCUGUUGGCCAGUGCACAAGAAAAUAAAACAUUCGUAACACAUAUACGUAACAUAGACACAAGACAGACAGACGGUUGAACAUUUAACAUAAACAAAGUUAUACACGCAUACAACGAUACAUACGACCAACUAUACUAAGCGACGCGACAUGACGUGACGUGACGUGACGUGACUUGACGUGACGUGACACGACACGACACGACGUAACAUAACAUGAUAUAAGACACUAUAAACAUUUUCGAAACAAUUGCGAGCGAAACGAUCUGUUCGAGAAAUUAUGUGUACAAAAAAAUUCGCUUUGCCGAUGUAAUACACUCUCAUUGGGAAAACAAAUGUAAAACAUACGUGAGAGAUGCGAGUGCACAUACACAUGUGACGAAUACACUUUGACGAGAUACAUGAAACAGACACGAGGAACACGUUACGUACACUCUCGAAUCUGUAGACUGUAGGUUUACUAUUAAUUAUUAUGAAUUAUAAUUAUUAUAUCUAUUAUAUAUUAUAUCAAUGUAUAAUUAUAUUUAGUUUUUAGGUUACUAUGUCUAUCAUUUCCCGCUUGUACAUAUGCCGUGAGCUCGAAAAAAUUAAAUCUUUAUCAAAAGAAAUCUAUAAUUUUUUCGACUGUUUUUGUACAGAGAUAAUAAAAACAAAGGCCUCGUGCUUAUGAAAUUUCAUGAAUAUAAAA